AUGUCGACGAACGAUGCGAAGUCUGAGGCUCCGACCACUUAUAGUGUAGUCGUGAAGUCCGGCGAAAAGGAGGUCGUUCUUACAGCCCCGCCGGUUCCCAACUUCCCCCGAGAAGGUGACGAGCCCACGUAUUUACUCCCGAAGUGGCUAUAUAUUCGUGACAAGGAUGGACGCUACUUGAGCGUGCGGUCGGGUCCGACGUACCACACUCUGACUAUCCGCGGCGGCGACGCCGAUCGUGACUGCAUCUUCCAAGCUGUCCCCAAAGGCAACGGAUGGUAUCAAUUUCAGGGCAACAAUGGGAAAUAUUGGGACCGUUACUACUCCGGCUGGCUUUCCUGCGACGACGCGGCCAGCGUACCCUUCUCAUUCCGAUUCAUUCACACUGCCGACAGUUCGAUCUAUCUGACUGACAAUGUCAAUCCCACCGGAUACUAUAUUUCAAGCGAUCUAGACGGCAACGGCUCCCCUCUCUACUGGGAUUUCAUCAAAGCAUCCUCCCGCUUUGAAGUCGUCCAGGCAGCUAUCAAGAAUGAGAUCUACGACGUAAAGUAUGAGAUCUCUGGAGCCCAAGUGCGCGAAGCCCCUCCCUUGAUCGUUCUUAGCACUUCCGUUCGCAACGACUCUGACUCCACCGUGACCCAAGACCUCGGAUUCUCCUACACGAAAUCCGAGUCCGGAACGUGGAACAAUUCUGUCGGGGUCACGCUUGGAGUCUCGGCAACCUUUAAAUCCGGGGUACCCUUCAUCGCCAGCGUCGAGUGGAACAUCUCUGUAUCCGCGGAGUACAGUCAUGAGUGGGGUGGGUCCGUUGGGGUAGAGAAGACAGUGUCUGAGUCGACCAGUGUCACUGUACCCCCGCACAAGAAGGCGCAGGCUACGGUCGUCGUGAGGAAUGCCUUCCUUGACGUUGGGUUCUCGUACAAGGAGAGGGUGUUGUACACGAAUGGCCAGACAGAGGACCUUCUGAAGCAAGGGGUGUAUAAGAAUGUAGAUUCGUACCAUGUCGACGUCGAGCUCACCAACUGGGAGCCUACUGACACCUAA